UACACAGAUAGAGAUAGUGUUUUAUUAUAUGAGAAGGCAUUACAACUAGAAGCUGAUUUUAUUUCAUGUAUUGAGAGAUCCAAAUGGGAAGAGGCUUAUCAAUUAUACCUGGUUGUUAAACGAGAAUAUCAUGAUUUACCUGUGGAAAACAUCAGGUAUGAUGCGAAGCUGCCAGACUUUUUACGUCGUUAUACUACGGGUCAUUUAUACGUUAGGAUGCUAAGUCAGGGUAUAGAAAUCUUUCAACGUCGUAAAGAUUACCACAGAGCCAAUGAUCUGAUUCGAUUAUUACUAAAACAAGAUGUCUACUGUUUUGAUUACCAUGGUUACUGGUGGGAACGACUGGCGUUGAAUUUAGACGCUCAUUUGAAAAAUCCUUUUGUGGCUUUAGAGACAGUGAAGGAAGGUUUAGAUGAUGAAAAUGUACGAGUGGGACAUCGCCUAGCAUUAUAUCAGAGAGCGGAAAAAAUCUGCCAAAUAGCAUGUCUUGAACUCAAAUAUAAAUUAACAGACUUUUAUCAUGAUGAAGUUAUAGAGGCCCCCAAGACAACAAUUGAAGGUAGAACUAUACCAUACGCUGUUCCUGGUAUAAAAUACAAGUUUAUGACACAAGAUUCUUAUUCUACUGAUAAACCGGAGGAUGUUACCAUGUGUAAUGUAGAACAGGUCGUUCUAGACUACUAUAAAGAUCAUGAUUAUCCAGAAGGUAUCCAUGCCGAAGGUUCGAUCAUCUCCACAUUAUUUACGUUAUUUUUCUGGGAUAUUUUAUUCAUGGACGUACCAGACGCUUUUCAUAGUUUAUAUCAAACAAACCCGCUUGAUAAGAUGAGUGAAGAAUUUUAUCGUAGACGGAAAGAUGAGAUUGAUGAAAGAUUGCAAUGGCUGGAUAAUAGUUCUAUUGAGGAUUUAGAAGAAAGAAGUAGUGAUACAUGGAAUAAAUAUAAUGAAACAACUUGUGCUGGUAUAAACUGGGAACGAUUACAAUCUCUAGAAUAUAUUCAGGGUUUAAUCCAAUGUAUAGGAGGAAAGUUACUGUGUGGGCUUUUAUCUCGCUAUGCUAAAGAUCCCCGUCAUACACGGAGUGGAUUCCCAGACCUCACUCUCUGGAACACAGAAAAUAAAACAUUUAAGAUUGUUGAAGUAAAAGGACCCGGUGAUAGAUUAUCACAUAAACAGAUUCUAUGGUUGAGUUAUUUAUGUAAAUUAGGCAUAGAUGCAGAAGUCUGUCACGUUAAAGCUGUUGGAGUGAAGAAAUUGAAAGCAAGACCUUUAACUGCAACUUAAAAAUUCAUAUCUAUCCUUGUCAGUUAUUUUUUUACAUUACUUCAGAUGAUAUUGUUAUAAGUGGAAUGCACCUUGAGCAUUAAUUAACUUUAAUGGAUCUGUGCACAAUAUAAGAACUCACUAUUAUUAUUAUUUAAUACCCCCUCCCCCCCCCCCCCCCCCCCCGUCUCUUCUCGUUGAUUAAACAUACAUUAUGCACAAGGUAAAUCUGCCUAUUGCAUGUCUUUCUUUAGGCCUGAAAUGUUAUCUAAAUUAUUGAUUAGACAUUAAUUAACUUAUCCAGACCAUAAUCAACUCUCGAUGUCAUCUUAUGUGUUAGAUUUUCAAUGCUCAAUGCUCAUUGAUGAUUAAAUCUAAAAAUGGAUAAUCGAGACUAUGUUUUUUUAUCCUACCAACUUUAGCAAUGAUGAUCGAGGCUAUGCUUAAAAUUCAAAAGCUAAUAUCUCGGUUCAGAGUGGAACAAAUUGACUGAAAUUUUCAAUAUAUUCUAUUUACAUUAUCUAUUUUUAACUAUUAUAGCAAGAACAGUCAACUCUUUAUCUAAUCUCCCAUAAUGUAUCUUUAAUAGGACCCUAAUGAAGUACCCGCAUUUAAACUUUCAAUACUGUAAAAAGAAAGGAAACAAUUUCAGGGAUUUUGAACAAAUAAUUCUAAUUUCUCAAAAAACUAUUACAGGUGUAUAAAAUAUAUUGUUUGUUAGUGUAUAACGUUACUGUUUAUAUUUCUAUAAAUACUU